CGUUGCUGCUGACUGCUUUCUGUGUGCAGUUUCAGUAUCCUAGAGGAGUGGACCGAGGUUUUACUCUUCUUUCGAUGUGGAUAAAUUGUUUUUAUCUUGCUGAAUGAAGAGUCAAUUCACCUUAUGGCGACUGGAAAAGCUGAGCAACAACGUCCGCAUAGGAAAACCUGGAGAAAUAGUGAACACUUUUCAUGCAGACUGUUCUUCUGCUCAUGUCUAUGUGGUAAGAAGGAGAAGCAAAUGAAGAUUAAUGACGGUCGCCUGCAUUCACACCUGGAUGAACAGGGAUCAGGUGAGAAGAAUGUGGUCCAUAUUACAGUGGAGGAUCUGGGAAUAGAUAACAGCAGCUUCAGCCUAAGGGAUGAGGACCCCCUGACCCUGAGGAACAGCAUGGCCCACUCGUUCAGCUCUGCAUCAGCCUGUUCAAGAGCUCUGAAAAAGAAAGGACCAACAGCUCUGUCCACACUUGUUUUAAAGCCCCAGGCUGAACCAUCAGCAGCCAUUGGCUACAAACAGGGCAAUGAAGCAGGGGAACAAUUUCAGCCAGUGUCUAAAAAUUAUCCUGAUGGAACAUCUGGUUCUGGAGGCCUCCUGACAACACCCAUAAUCAAUCUGAUCCCACCAACUCCCUCUAAUAUUGUUGAUAACGGCCGGUUCUUUGACAGCAAUUUAGAUGAAUGUGUGUCUCAUUCAUCUGGCAGUGACAGAAGAUCUCCUGCUGGAGACCAGGAUACAAGUUGUAGCGAGGAAACAGAAGAAUCAGAGAAAGGAUUUACACUGGCUGAAAAUGCUGAGAGCAACCUUAACAGUGAUGAGUUGGAAGACAGAAAGGAGUCUGUUGUUCCUAGAAAUCUGGAUAAAGAGAGAUCAAGACCCGGAUUCUUAUCAAAUGCUUUUAAAGUCCCUCCACUUCCUAAGUUAUCAAAGAAAUGGGGUAACAGAACAGCAAUAAGCUUUUUGUCAUCAACUGAGCAUAACGUGGAUGACUUGAGCGCCAAAGAUCAAAUCUCUUCCAACAUGCUGAAGACAGAACUUGACCAGCUCCCUGCCACAGCCCUCAUGGAUGCGUUUACCUUCCGUAAGCGACCAUUAAUGCGCUCCUGCAGUCUUGGUGAAACAACAUCUCAGACCUUUGCUUUCCAUACAUCAACGCAAACUACAGAUCAAAGAAAUGGAUCGCCUCAAAAAAGGCGUAUAACCAUUGCUUCUCAUGAGCCUCACUCGUUGGAUCAGAAUGGAAACUUCGCUGAAAAGGAUUUCUCUCUCCAGGAUUUAUACAAGCAAAAGGCCAAAUCCUUGAGUGAGCUGAGCACAGAGGAGGUCUGCCAGUGGUUUACCAGUAUUGGACUGGAAAAAUGUCUCCCUUUCAUCAGAGAGGCUAAACUGUGUGGAUCGGACAUAGCUUCAGUUGAUGUCAGCACUCUGGACAUCCUCCAUAUCAGCUCACUGGAGGACAAGGAGCGAUUACUGUCAGCUAUUUAUAAGGAGCUCCACCCCCCCAGCACCAUCACUCAGACAAUUGACUCUUUGCUUGAGUCUUUAGGACCAAGUAAUGUAGAGACAUUCACUGCAGCUUUGGGAUCCAUGAGCAGGUCCACAUCCUCUCCCCAUGUAAGCUGUUUGAGUAUGAAUCAACGCUCUUUUAAGCUCAGCAGAAACAACAGUCAAAACCUUACGACAUCAAGGAGUUCACAGAUGAUAGAGAUCACAAUUAAUGCAUCAGAGCGUAUUGUUCAUCUCAGAACUCCAAAGGAAACAACAGUGGGAAAAAUCAUGGACUCGUGUAUGAAAAUGCUUGGACCGGAUGGUGAUAAGACCCUAUUCACACUAAAAGAAAAGCAAGAUUCCAUUGAUGAGCUCUCCCUGGACCAGCAAAUAGGAGUCUUACUGAAAACACCUUUAGAGAACACACAGCUGGAGCUGCAUCUGUGUAAAAAGGACAAGCAAUUGAUUUCUAUAUCACAACCAAGUCCAGAAAUUGAUAGUGAAAAAGGCAACAUCAACAAAAACACCCAGGUGAACCAGCCAGGAAAAGAAGAGAGAAUCCAGGAGCUAAACCAACAAGUGGACUCUCUGCAGAAUGUCAUCCUGCAGGUCCAGGAGCUUCACCACGACCUGGUAGCAUUUUGCGCAGAGAUAAAGAACAUGGAUCCAAAUGCUAACCUGGACAAGCUGGGUUCUGCUGAGCUGAAACAGAGGCUUGAGAUGGUUAACAGCCAGUUGGAGGAGAAAAGGCAGAGGCUGCAGAUCCUCAGGGACAACAACUCAGCCGCUCAUAAAAGCAGACAACUGGAGGUUCGUUUGCUGGAAAAGAUGAAGUUAAACUGCCAAGUGUUUAAGGAGGAAAUUAUAAUUGUACAUCUUAAUCGUCAAGCUGCUAAUCUCCUGAAUGCCUGGCAAGGAAGCUGCAUGAAGGAGAAAGCUCAAAAAAAGACUUCAGACUUUAGCAGUUUGGGUCAGCUUGUGACCCCUCAGUCUCCAGCCAUGCUAAUGGUGGUGCAGGAGAAGCAGCUUCCUGACGGACAUUAUGGCUUUAAGUGUUGCCAUAGAGAUGGCAGUGGCCUGGUGGUGGUCAAGGCAGACAACUCUCACCUCUGUGUGGAGGACAGACUGAUGGAGGUGAAUGGGGUGUCUGUGGUCAACGCUACCCUUGAAGAGCUAAAUGAUCUGCUACAUGUAGGACCUUGUAUUCAGAUUGUCAUUCUGCGCCAACCUCCACCUGCUCUGGUCUCUACUUGCUUCAAAAAUGCUGUGGUCAGUCCAGAUGGAGAAUUCACAGGAACUCCCCCACAAAGAAAGGUGGUGGCCAUCUAACUUCAAAUAAAAAAGAAGAAGGAGGCAAUACAUGGGACAUACAGUGGGGAAUUGCAAAUGUAGUGAUGUCCGUUGAGUUAUUCCAAAUUUUGUAACCUUAGAAUCACAAACCUCUGUGUAUUGAUUAUAAUUAAUUGGAUUUAAUUGUCAAAUGGAAGAAAGAUGAACGAAAAAUUUGGUAAGUGUGGCAUGUAUUUACUUUGAUGCUGAAAAAUAAAAUCCUGUGCAACUA